AUGCAUGCAGUUGUGCUGCUGUCUAGCAGCAGCCUGCAGCAGCAGCAGCAGCAACUGCAGCAGGAGCAGCAGCAGCUGCUGCAGCAAUGCGACAAGGUAACAACCUACGGCUGCUGCAGCACGCAGCAGGACAUAGAGCAGCUGCAGCAGCUGCUGCAGCAACUGCAGGAGAAGCAGCAGCAACUGCAGCAGCAGCAAUAUCUGCUGUGGAGAUCCGUUCCUGCUGCAGAACUGCAGCACUGUAUUGUGGCUGCAGCAGGCAGCAGCAGCAGCAGCAGCAGCAGCAGCAGCAGCAAUCGAUGCUCACCUUUCUUGUCUCCUGCGGAGCUGCUGCAGAUAAGAACGCCCGUGGAUUUGCUGCAGCAGCAGCAGAAACAACAGCAGGAGACACAGCAGCAGCAGCAGCAGCAACAACAACAGACACAAGAGCUGCAACAAGAGACACAGGAACAACAACAACAGACACAGCAGCAGCAGCAGCAGCAGCAAGAGACACAGGAGCAGCAGCAGCAGCAAGAGCUGCUUGACUUUGGCCUAUGGCAGCACUUCCGUGCUGCUGUUGAUUCAAUUUCCUCUGUGCUGCAGCAGCACCAGCAGCACCAGCAGCAACAGCAGCAGCAGCAGCAGCAGCAGCAGCAGUCGCGGCAGGAGAUUGCAGCAGCAGCAGCGGCGGCAGCAGCAGCAGAGAGUGCAGCAGUCGUGCUGCAGCAGCAGCUGCGCAAAGGCAGGCGUUCCUUCGGGUGUAUAGGCAGCUGUCGCUGCCGCCUAUCCCUUACAGCAGGCUUACCAGCAGCAGCAGCAAUAGCAGCAGCAGCAGACAAACAAUUAAAUGCAGCAGUUGCUGCUGCUGCUACUGCGUUUGCUGCUGCAUGCAAUCUUCGUAGCCGCCGCAGCAGCAACAGCAACGCAGCAGCAGCAGAAGCAGCGGCAGCAGCAGCAGCAGCAGAAUUUGUGGUGUAUCUGAAGCAGCGUUGGGUGCUGCUCAUUUCUUCGUUGCUGCGUCGCAUGCAGCCGCUGCUGGCAGAGGGAUACAACAUUAGCAACAGCAGCAGCAGCAGCAGCAGGAGAUACAGCAGCGGCAGUAGUAGUAGCAGCAGUAGGAGCAGCAGCAAUUCCGACGGCGGCAGCAGCAGCAGCAGCAAGAGCAGCAGCAGCAGCAGCAGCAGCAGCACACGAUGGUUUAAAGCUCCCGUCUACUGGAGGAGAAAACAGUACCAGACAGAACUAAUGAAUGCAGGACAGCUAGCAGCAAUCUUUGGGGGCCGGCUCUUGCUGCCUGCAGCAGCAGCAGCUGCUGCUGCUGCUGCUGCUGCCCGUCCUAGCUGGCGAAGCAGCGGAGACAGUCAGUAUACCUCGGCAUCAGAUGCCCCUGUAGCAGCAGCAGCAGCAGCAGCAGCAACAGCAAACCUGCAGCUUAAUGAUGGCAAGAUUAGUAGCGGCAGCAUCUCUCACGGCUGCAGCAGCAGCGACAGUGACAGCAGCCGCAGCAGCAGCAACAGCCGCAGCAGCAGCAGCAGCAGCCGCAACAGCAGCAGGAUCGGCAGAGACAGUAGCGACACUUACAGCAGCAGCGGCACAGAUUGCAGCAGCAGGUGCCUCAGCAGCAGCAGGAGGGCCAUGCAGCAGCGGCAGCAGCAGCAGGAGCAGCAGCAACGCAAACUCCGCGUCCCUCGCCUCGACCUCGUUAAUCUUCCGCUACCUACAGCUUACACGGAGCUGCAAGGCCCGCCAACAGCAGCACUUGAUGAUGAGCUGCUCCCUUCCUGCAUGCAGCCGCAACAGGUGCAGCAAGAGCAGCAGCAACAGCAGCAGCAACAGCAGCAACAGCAGCUGCAAGAAUCUGCUGCUGAUCAAGAAUGCGACAGCCAUGCGGCAGCAGCAGCAACAAGAGCAGCAGCAGCAGGAACAGAAACAGCAUCUGUAAAGGGAGAGCAGCAAGACACGACCCCAGCAGCAGCAGCAGCAGCAGCAGCAGCAGAAGCAACCAAAGGCAAUGCUGCAGCAUUGGGAACAGCAGGGCAUAAUAAGAACACAGCAGAGGCAGCAGCAGCAGCAGAGGAGCAUCGCAACAAUGCAGGAGCAUCACCAGCAGCAGCAGCAACAGCAGCAACAACAACACGAACUGCAGCAGCAAGAGGAGCAGCAGCAGCAGCAGUAGCAGGAGAUGCAAAAGCUGCUGCUUGUGCUGCAGCAUAUCCUGGUGUAUCUGGAGCCAAACAGACGGGGUCAGCAACACCCCCCUUAACGACAGCAGCAGCAGCAGCUGCUGCUCCUGCUGCUGCUCGUGCUGCUCCUGCUGUUGCUCGUGCUGCACCUGCUGCGCGAGCAGCAAGAGCUCCAGCUAUGAUGUCAUCGGCAGCAGCGUUGUCUCCCGCUGCUUCUGCUGCAGCUGCUGCUGCUGAGUGCAGUUGCCUGCCCUCCAGGCGCAGCAGAGCUCGCAUGGGAGCAGCAGCAGCAGGCCCAGCAGCAGCAGCAGCAGCAGCAGCAGCAGCAGGCAAGC